CAGUACUGUUUCAUCGUCAGGCUGAGACACAAGUCGAUCGAUUUCUCCGAUAAUAUUAUUAUUGCAAAAUGCAAGCAAGAUGUGCCCUCAAAUUUCUACUCAUAAGUCUGGUCGCACUUCAGGAAUUCCAGUUGGGAACUGGAGCAAGAAUUCUGGCUGCGUUUUUCUUUCCGGGCAAAAGUCAUUUUAUGAUGACAAACUCUAUUAUAAGACAACUAGUUAAGAACGGACACGAGGUGACUUUCAUUACACCCUUUUCAUUGGAGAGCGAAAACUUGGGUUCCAAUUACAAAGAAAUUCUUCUGGAGUCCUACGAUUUUUGGACAGAGAUGAAGGAGAUGUCAAACAGAGAGAUCAUUUUGGAUAUGGCUGAUGUGACUACGCUCACAUUCAUUCGGAUGCUCCACGUUAUCGGCAUACACAGCACGGACUUUGCAUUUGGACAGCCUGCAGUGAAGGCCCUCAUCAAUGCCAAGGAUAAGCUGGGCAAAUACGAUCUACUUUUGGCAGAGCAAUUCUACAAUGAUGGCGCCCUCAUUCUGGGUCAUCUAUAUCAGGUACCAGUUAUCACCGUUUCCACAUUUGGCAAUACCAAUUACUUUACGGAAUUGGCCGGCAUUAUCGCACCCUGGUCGUAUAAUCCACACAGUUUUCUAACCUACACCAAUCGAAUGACAUUCGCGGAGCGACUUUUCAAUUUUUUCAUCUGUGGCACAGAAAGUUUAAUGCGCAACUUUCUAUUCUAUCCCGGACACGAUGCUGUGCUGCGCAAACACUUCUCCAAUGUGCUGGAUGUGGUGCCCACAGUCAAGCAGCUGCAUCGAAACAUCUCAGCCAUAUUGAUGAACAACUACAUGCCACUGGAGUCACCCAGACCUAUAUCCGUCAAUAUGAUAUCUGUGGGCGGACUGCAUAUUUUGCCGCCCAAGCCACUGCCACAACAGCUGCAAACGUUUCUAGAUGGGGCCACACAUGGCGCCAUUUACUUCAGUCUAGGUUCACAAGUUCGCAGUGCUGAUUUGCCGCCCGAGAAGCUGAAAGUGUUUCUGGAUGCAUUCGGCGGUUUAAAGCAGCGAGUUUUGUGGAAAUUCGAAAAUGACAGCUUUCCCAAUCUGCCAGCGAAUGUGAUGAUCCAGAAGUGGAUGCCACAGGGCGACAUUCUGGCACAUCCCAAUGUCCAGGUGUUCAUCGCCCAUGGCGGACUCUUUGGCAUGCAGGAGGCGCUGCAAUAUGGAGUUCCCGUGCUGGGCAUGCCAGUCUACUGUGAUCAACACUAUAACAUCAAUAUGGGCAAGGCUGCUGGCUAUGCUUUGGGCUUGGAUUAUCGCACAAUCUCCGCAGAGGAGCUUCGCUCCUCGCUGCUGGCGCUGCUUGAGAAUCCCAAGUACAGAGAUACCAUGAAGAGUGCUUCGCGCAUAUUUCGGGAACGGCCCCUGAGCCCCAUGGAUACGGCCAUGUUCUGGAUUGAUUACAUCAUUGAACAUCGUGGCGCACCUCACAUGGUAGAUGCAGGCGUCUCUCUUGCCUGGUAUCAGUUUUACUCGCUCGAUGUAAUUGCUUUCAUUUUGGGCUCUAUGCUAAUUCCCAUAUUACUGCUAUGCUUCUGCGUUAAGAAAUCUGCUAAAAAGUCUGGAACUAAAAGCAAAAAGCACAAGAAACAGUAAAUAGUAUAUAGUAUGUUUUUUAUAUUUUUAUAUAUAUUUUUAUUUUCAAUUAACAAUUAUAACAAUUUUGUCGAGAAAAA